GCUGAGCACAGGCUUUGUGCGGAAGUCCCAGAGGCAGGACGAUGGAAGCUGCACCCUGUCGCGACAAGAAAGGGAUUCACGGUGCCGGGUGGUCUCUGGCCCUGGGGACCCGCGGCUCCAGGAGGAGAAAUUCAAGGAAGCCGUGGCCAUCGUCGCCAACAACGAUGCCCGCAGCCAGAUCAACAAAGACAGGGCCAGGUGGUUCAGCAAAGUUUCUGGGUCUCCGCUUCGUUGGGCGCGCGCUGUGGACAAGGCUUCGUCGCAAGUUCUGCAGGUUGAGGCUUGCGACAAAGAAACCAGGAAGAGGUGGCUGACGUACCACGACAAGGACACCAACGGCUUGCCGGGCAUGCUUCCCUUGGCAGUUGGCAUGCGUGUGGCCCUCACCCACAAGGUGGACGAGUCGCCGGAGAAGCGCCUUCUCAAGCACAGCGUUGGUCGCGUGCACUCUUGGGUGUGGGAGGACGGCGCUCCGCAUCCAUCAGUCAUCUACCUCAAGUUCGAAGGCGCCACUUGGAAGUUGGACGGCAUCGACGAACCAGGUGUGUAUCCAGUCAAGCCGAAGAAGUUGACGUGGUACUUGGACAACAAGCGCCAAAAAAAGGUCCUGAAGGUCGAGCGCAGCCAGUUGCCCCUCACGCCUGCAUACGCCAUGACGGCGCAUUCCAGCCAAGGGAAAACUUUGCGCGCGGUGCUGCUGGAUCUCUCUGUGGACAAGAGGGUAGACACAACCUUCGGCGCUGUGGCUGCCAGUCGGGUUGCCAGCCGUCACGACUGCUUGAUCCUCCGCCCUUUUGAGCAUUGGCUCUUUGAGCGAGGCGUGUCUGAGGGCCCGCAGCUCCUGCUGCAACAGCUUCGGGGCGAGCAGGUGGACUGGAUGGCCUACAAAGAGGGCCUUGCCCCGUGGAGCACAUGCAGACGCUGUUUGCAGGUCAAGACCCUUGACGGCUACGAGCACGAGCAAUGGGAGCACGUUCGUGCAAACAAGCCCGCCAUGUGCAUGCAGUGCAAACACGGAGACACAGGGCCGAAGACCCGCAAGCUGGAAAAGGACGCCAAGAGGAUUGCAUGCAGCAUGUGCCAAAUCAACAAGAUCGAGGACGCCUUCCCCCGUGCGCAACUCAAGCAGAAAGACAAAGAGAAGUGCCUGUCCUGCUGCCAAGCCAUCAGGCGCCUGCAGUGCUGCGGAUGCCAAACGACCAAGGGCAUCGAACAUUUUGAGCCUGCCAUGGUGACAUUGCCGGCGGCCGGGGUAGCAUGCAAAGAGUGCCAAGAGGAAGUGAAAGCCCAAGUGGCCAAAAAACUUCGCAAGAACUGGUUUAAAUGCCGAGGCUGCGGCGAAGUUUUCCCAGCAGCAGCCAGCAGCAACGAAGCGAGCCCGCAACAUUGCCUCAACUGUGCUUCCCGGGGCACGCGCCAAAAGGACGAGCAGACCUGCCGCGGCUGCAAGCGGAGAUUUCAUGAGAAGCAAGAGAAAGGCCGGAAGAGAUCCCGUCGCUGUCCCGACUGCCGCCGCAAGUAG